AUGCAGCAACCAGUGGCUCCUGUGCCCACACAGGGUCAACAUGCUCGUCAGCAGCUGGUUGCUCCUCCUGCACCUGCGCCGGCGUAUCCGCCUAUGCAGCCCAUGUACAGACAGCCUCAGCGGCCGAUGGGGUUCGCGAGGGGUGGUUACGGGCAAGGGGGACGCGGACGGGGUGCACCUGGGGGUCAGCCAAUGCGUUGCUUUACCUGUGGCGUGAUCGGACAUAUCUCCAGAUUCUGCCCUAUGACACCGUGGCACACACAGCAGGUGUAUGCGCCUGGACAGAGACCCUCACAAGAACAACAGUAUCAGCCGCCCAUGCCCCAAGUGGUCAAAAGUGGAGCAUCUAUUUUGUGCAGCCCAGACGGUAUGGUUGUGACUUUUCCAAAUGGACAAUCUUUCAACUGCUCUGUUAGCAGAAUUUCCUCGCAGUCCCAGAUGUUUCUGGGUCAGGACAAUUCACCUGGUGCAGAGCCUCAGUGGGCUGACAUCUAUUGGGGGCUGGUGCAACCUGAGACAACGAAAGGGGGCGGAGUUUCGUCUUUGUACACUGCUUGGAAGCCCUGGCUCCACAUGUUGCAUCCCUAUGCUCCUCCACCUGACCCGCUCCACGUGACUCUGUUUUAUGACCGUGACGAGGACUUGGUGUAUCGUGAGGCUUUUGAGGUAAUGGAGGGCAGGGUAGAACCGACGCAACAGAGAACAGACAUGAUUGAUCGGGUGAAAGGGUACAGAUACCUCCUGGUGGCGGUGGAUGCAUACACCGGCUGGCCUGAGGCUGUACCCGCUAAAAAAGAGGAUGCACAAACAGUAGUGAAGUUUUUGAUUAACCACUACAUUCCCACACAUGGUUUCCCUAAAAAGAUUCGAUCUGAUAAUGGCACACAUUUUAAAAAUAAACAUCUACAAGCAGUAGAAGCCCAGCUGGGUCUAAAACAUGCCUUUGGAACUGUGUAUCACCCACUGUCUCAGGGAAAGGUAGAAAGAAUGAAUCAGACCCUAAAAGGUAAAAUCAGCAAAGUGUGUGCACAAAACAAACUUAGCUGGGUGGAUGCUCUCCCACUGGCUUUGAUGUCAGUAAGGAGCUCAGUUAGUUUGCGGACAGGAUUCACACCAUAUGAACUUAUAUGUGGACAGCAGUUUCCUGGACCAGGAGCUGGUGUUGUUAUAGCACAGGAAACUCCUUUCUUGGCCUAUAAGCCAUAUUAUGAUCAGCUCACGGCCCUUGGUUCAGCAUUUUCCGCCCAGAUCGCAGAGAUCAGAGGGGGUGAGGAGAAGCCGCUUCCCCCUACCGACGCUGAGUGGGUGCUCCUGAAGGUCAUCAAACGGAAGUGGACGGAACCUAGAUGGACAGGGCCCAUUCAGGUGACGGAGAGGACAACUCACGCAGUUCGACUUAAGGGGAAAGGAAACACCUGGUUUCAUUGGUCAUUGUGUGCUGCAGCAGACCCUCCUGCGAGAACCCGAGCAGACAUUCGCAGGGAUCUGAAAGAACAAGCAUAAACUGUUCCUGGGUGGUAGAAAAAGGAGACAUUUUAUUAUUUAGCUUCGCUAACACUAAGAGUGUAGAGUCAUUAGGUGUGAAGGCAUAAAACAACUUACGUUGAGAGAAGUUCUGCUCAGCUACAUGUGACGACAAGUCCGUGGAACCUCACCAAGUGACCACGAGAGAUUCCAGAAAAGACACCUAGGUGGUUGGGUAAGUGGAAAGGUGUGCUCGUCUCGAUGGGUGUUUCCCUGGCUGGUAUGUUGUGUGUGGUGGUGUUGGUUGGUUGCUGUUGUAUUCCCUGUAUUAGGUCUCUCUGGAACCACGCCAUCGUGGCCGCAUUUGAGAAGCAGGGACCCCACGCUCGCUACCAGAUGGUUGCGCUACCAGAACUUGGGCAUUGUCGCAGAGGUGCCUACACCCUGGCAGUGGCUCCGCAUGGGGAUUCCGUGUGAAGUCCUGGUUUGUUGGUCUCAGGGAGCUGAGACCAAGAGGGGGACUUGUGGAUAUGGGACUCCACACCUCACUCUUAUAUACUCACAAUUGUCACUAUUUUACUCAAUCACAUUCAUUUACUUAAUCAUAUUAUAUCAUAUUAAUUUUACUCAUAAAGCCAAAUAUACUAAUCAUCACGAGUGUUUAGAUACAAAUAUAG